AUGACAUCAAGUUCAUUUAUUUCACAAACAUGGUACGAUGAUCGAUUAUCAUGGACACCAAGUGCUUCAAAUAAUAUAAACGUAGUUAUGCUACCGGUUAAAAGUUUAUGGAUACCAGAUACAAUAAUAUUGAAUUCAGCAGAUGCAAGUGGUUAUCUCACAGUGAAUGAUUAUAGUUUGGCAUCUGUCGACUACACAGGUCAAGUGUAUAUGAUAUUACCAGCAUUAACAAUAAGAACAAGAUGUAACUUCUUUGUUCAAAAGUUUCCAUUUGAUAAUCAAAUAUGUAGCAUCAAUUUAACAUCAUGGAGUCAAGGGUCCAAUAGAAUAAUAUAUACAGAAAAUAUUAGUGUAGUAAUUGAUAUUAGUAAAUAUGAUGAACAUCCUUUAUGGAAAUUGAGUAGAACAGAUAUGAUUGUAAUUCAAGCAGAUGAUAGAGCACCAUUUGAAGAGACUCAUAAUGAUGUAAUAUCAAUACAAUUAUAUAUACAAAGAAAAACAUUAUUUUUUAUUAUGAAUGGUAUAUUUGCAUGUUUGAUUUUAAAUUGUGUUACUUUGUUAUCAUAUGCAUUACCCUUUGGAUCACAAAUUGGUCUAUGUAUGACAUGUUUUAUGACAUAUUCUGUUUAUUCACUAAGUUUCUCCAAUCUAUUUCCACAACAAUCUGAAUAUUUAAUGAUGAUCACAUUGUACUUUUUGUUAUCAAUGUGUUGGACAUUAAUAUCAAUGACAUGGUUUAUCAUAUGUAAUCAUUUUACAAUAAAAAAUGAAAUGCCAAAGCCACUUUAUGCUUUUUGUGGACAGUUGCAAAAAGUAUUUAUUUGUUGCUUUCCACCAUCACAACAAGAUAACAAGAUAGAUAAAAAUAAGGAUGUUAUUGUUGAGAAUGCUGAAAUUAAAAAGUCUGAUGAUAAAGAAACUACACAAGCAACGAACACUCAAAAAAUGAAAUGUAUUUCUUGCCAGAAAUUAUUUGGUUCAUGUCGUCAAAGACAAAGUCGAGUUGAAAUCGUUAACGAGAAAGAGAAUAAUUCUGUUCAAAAUGUUGAACCUAUCAAAACAAACCCAACUGAUGUUGAGCCAAAUGAAAUAGCAGUAUCUGUACCUGUUAAUGAACCAAACGCGGAAGCAAAGCCAAAAUGCGAUUUCUGCAACAGAUGCGAGCCAUGCCAAGCUGAUUUUGAUAAAGAUAAAGCGAAAGGCAAAACAAUAAGAGCAGCUUUAAAUUUCGCAUUAAAUCUUAGUUGA